CACCCGGCUACGCUUUCCGCGGUCGACGUCUACGUCCCGACGGGUGUCCGGUACACGCUACUCUCUCAGGCUUGCUUGCACAUAUAGCAUUGUGAGGCCACGAGACUGACGAAGAGACUUCUCUUAUCAGCGGUGUGGCAUAUAUUGCUCAGGAGCGACGGCCUGCCAGGUUGUCCCUUCGAGUCAGUCUGAACCUUCUGCUCUACUAUGUCGGUCACUCCCUCCGUCGAGAUCAAGUACUUCUACCACGGACGACUCAAAGUCUCCGGAGGAGUAUUGCCAGAUGCUGUAACUGCCUAUCAGACGUUCGGAGAUUCCGCGAACCCUUGCAUCGUCUUCCCGACCUGCUAUGGCGCGCAGCUGAGACUUGACAGUCAACUGUACCUUGUUGGUGAAGGCAAGGCUCUGGAUCCUAGGAAGUACUUCAUCGUCACCUUCGCUCUGUUUUGCAACGGAGAGUCGUCAUCACCGUCUAACACCCCGCCACCGUACAACGGGCCCUACUUCCCCCUCGUAUCCUACGAGGAUAAUAUCCGGGCACAGUACGCAGUACUACAGAGCCUCGGUGUAAAUAAACUGUACUGUGCCAUUGGAUUCUCCAUGGGCGGCCAGCAGGCUUACCAUUGGGCUGUCGUGUACCCUGACUUUGUCGAAAGGAUAGUUGUUAUCUGCUCGUCCGCAAGAACGAGCCCGCACAACAGAUGCUUCCUGGAGGGUCCUAAGAAUGCUAUGAAAGCCGCGAAGGACUUCGAUGACGGACAUUACAAGAGCGUUCCUCAACACGCCAUCAGAGCGUUUGGUCGGGCGUACAGUGCUUGGGCAUACGGGCAAGCGUGGUUUCGCCAGCAUCUGUAUCGCUACGACGGCCUAUAUCCUACGAUGGAGGCCUGGCUCCGCGAGGCUUGGGAGGGACGUUACAUCAUGUACUGGGACGCGAACGACAUGGUUGCGCUGCUCCUUACCUGGCAAAAUGGGGAUGUCUCUCUCGUCCGCGACGGUGGAGACUUCGAGACCUGCUUGCAUUCCAUCAAAGCGAAGGCGCUGAUCAUGCCCUGCAAGACGGACCUGUAUUUCUGCCCCGAGGACAGCGAGGUCGAAGUCUCUUUGCUGCAGAAUGCACAGCUCACUGUAAUCGACAGUGUGUGGGGUCACGUCGCGGGAGGCAGCGCCAACCCGACUGACGUCAAAUUUUUGACUGCGAGAAUCAAGGAAUUCCUCAAUUAGAUUACUUCGUUCGGCGUGCACGUCAAGGGUGUUCCAAGAAUCCAUUACUUCAGGUUGCCUAUGCUUCAUGCUUAACUCGCGAGGACGGGAACAACACCAAGCCGCCGGCUACGGAAUGAAAUAACCGAAAUGAACGGAACUCCUGCUGCGACCUCACGGCAACAUUGCUUCACGGAGUCAGGAUAACCGCGACCUGUUCGCAUCGUUUCCUGGCCAGGUCAAACGGGAUAGCGCGGAUCAAUGCUAUGGACUUGGUUCAGUUCCCCUCGCGAAUGUAGAAGCGUUGCAAUCCAGACAGAGUACCACCGAUGAUGGAAUCGCGCAUCCUCGCUGACACGUUUUGUAUUCACCUGUAGUAAGGUCUUCACGCAGACUUCCUGAUCUUCGUCUCAACUCU